AUAUCGGUCGCACAAGGGCGAGACAAUCUGAUUCGACGCAUACUUCUUACCCGUUUACUUGGAAACAAUAUUCUUAUCAUUUGCCCUUCCGUAUGCGCACACCGUAUGCGCCUCCGGAGCUUUGUUAGUAGUUGUGCAUGCUGAAACCGAUAACGAGAAGAUUUAAAUUGGAUGAUUCAAAGCCAAUUCAAUCCAACCAGUGCGUGUGCUGAGCCCGAUGUUAGUUUGUGCGUUUCAAGUCAUCCAGUGCGGACCUCGUUCACUAUAGUAGCUAUACGCGGUGCAAUGGUGGACAGUGAGGCGGGUCGGAACUAUCCGACCUCCAGAACCGGUGACAGCAUUGAAGAUCAAGAACCUAGCUUGAUUGACCAGCUAACCAAAACGGGGUUAGAAUCCAUGCUGGAGCAGGAAGCAGAUAUUCAAGGCCCUCUUUGUGAGAUGGAGCGUUUGUUGGAUAGUGAAGCACACGAUUACGACACGAUCGAUGCUACAGAACGUGCAGCGCUGGCUAAUUUGGCCGACAGUUGUGGUAACGAGGAACAGUGCAUUAAAAAAAUCUUAGCUUUUGUGGCAUACCUGUCGUCCGCAGGCCUGGAGGAAACGGUAAUGUUCCAGAACAUGGCUAGCGCAAUCGUUGCGUUGAGUGUCAGAAAUGAGGCACUUUCGAUCGAGCUGGAUGUGUACGUGAAGCAGAAGCUGGCAAACUUUGGUUACCGCAAGCUGACGGGCGAUUGGCCCCGCACUGAAGCUUCCACGGGUGGUUGGAAGAGUCACAUCGAGGGUAUACGCGAAUGCUGGGACGAUAUAGUGCGGUACGGGUACGACACGAACGAUGACGUAGACGACCGGUUUCUGUACCGUGUGCGUACCAUUCACCAUCAUCUAUAUUUUGUACAGUUUCAAACAUUUCUAGCCCAUCUGCCGAUAUGGGAAACCGUGUUUUGUUUAGCCAUUUUUGUGAAUAUCCAUGUGUUGCCUUCCAACUAUCGCUUCUAUCGCUUAAUGAUAUGCAAGCGGUUUGUGAUCGGCUGUUUGGAAGCGCUCGUACCGGAGUUGAAACACGUACAGGAGCAACUCGAACAAAUCGAACCGGUGCUGAGGACGAUCGUGACGAACCUGCAAACGACCGUAGACUGUCGUCUACUGAUCGAGCAGAUGCUGGAGAAGCUGAAAACUUCGAACAUCAAAAACAAAGCGUACUAUCAGGAGAAGUUUAGCAACGCGCAAGGUUCACGCGAUGAUGCUGAAGAAAUGGUAAAGUUGUUUAAGAAAGUUGAUAAACCAUUCUACGAAUCGACCGCGAAUGAAUUGACCGCACCGCAUAGGCAAGCUGAAGCGAUCGGCAAGAUAAAAAGCACCCUACCGUGCGUGGCUCAUCCGCAGAACGUGUGCAAUCGAAUGGUGGCCGAAAGUAGAAAGCAAACUCCGCCAGAAGCGAUCGUGGCGAUCAUCGUCGCAGAAGAGACGUUCCAUUUUGACGCACGCUCAUCGACGCAGGCCCUGGAAGCGAUCCGAAGCUGCUACACCGUAAUGAAGCAGUUCUAUUCGCUGGUAAAAAUACACCACCACGUGUCGAUCGUGGUCCAUGCGGACCCAUCCAACAGGGUGCAGUUUUUGGCCUGCACCAAGUGUUCACUGACCGCGAUCGGAGAAGCGAUUAACCAGACGAAAAACACACCCAACAUGCCCGAUCUGCGCGUGGAUGCGGCACUGCAGCGUAUGUUUAUGGUUCAGUUCAAGCAGGGCAGUAUAUGGCACAGGAACACUUAUAUGCACGAGCUGUCGCUGAGCAGGCUGCGGGUGGACGAUGAGCAGGAACUGAAGCUGUUGCGCCGUUUGCCCCAACAGAUGCAGGUUAUUGGGAUUAUGCUGGAGCUAAUGCUAGCUGCUGUCGCGGCCAAUAUCAGGCAUUCGUUCUACCGCAAGCUGUACCAGUGCGCAACACUGGACUCGCUCCGUGCCUUACUGAUCUAUGUCGGCGAGAGUGAUGUUUUGCGUGAGGUUGAGAACGAUUGGUACGAGGACGUGGAGAACCACUACCAGCAAGCCGCCCUGCUUAUGGACCAUUUGCGUACUACACCGAUCGGACGGAUGGAAUCCACAUUUGCUGAUAUCGAGCGUUCGUUUGAACUACAGUGUUCCAUCUUACAAGACCUCCAAGAGAUGGUUGCGAUCGAAAAGCGGUUCGCUUACGAAAGUGUACGCAGCACGUGUUUCGCCAGUGGCAAUCUUUCCACCAUUAAAAAGCUACUUUCGUGGAAGCUGAAUGCAUACGACCCAAGGGACACACUCGACCGGAUCUGCAACACGUGGGAUGCCAAUGUCUCGGAGCUGUCACACAUUGCCCGCAAGUGUUACCCGCUACUACAGCUUAAUCCGGUCGCCGCCACAACAAGUCUCGGGAAGUUACAGCGAGCCCUGACGGUGGUCGAUCGGUACGACUAUAAGCUGCAGACAGCACAGCUCGUCAAGCGUUUGGGCAUCGAUGAGCGAUCGUUGGACGAGCCGGGAUGGGAAGCGCUGAACCAGAAGCUAGCUCCUUACUAUAGAGACAUUUUGCUGGUGAAGACCAAGUGGAGCGCGUUGAAAGGCUUUUGCCAGGCACGUAAAAUACCGUUGAACGGUGCGCUGGUGGAUCAGCUGCAAAAAGCGGACGAGACGCACUUGCAGACACUGUUUGACGAUCGAUGUGCGCGAUUGCGCACGCUGCUCGAGCAGUGCGGCAUACGCACGGAGGAUGAGCUGGCUCGCAGCUUGCUAACCAUUCCAUCGCACGCCAUCUCAGCCAUGGAGUACAUCCAGGCGGAGCUGUGCGAAAUGUUGCUCGCGGUCAAGUAUUUUGGUGACAAUUUUCCUGCCCUAAAACAUUCGCUGCCCCUGAUACAGGGUAAAAGCUACCGGAACUAUCUGGCCCACGACCGGCUGUCGUACGAUCUGCUGACGAACAGUGGCGUAGAAAAGUGUGUGAUCAACGCGUUCGUGUUUGCGCAUACGCCGGUCGAGCUGUUCGCGGAUCGGCCCCCGGUGCCUUCGAUAAAGCUGCCCUCGGUUGGGGACGCGAUGCUGUGGAUUGAUCGCCAGCAUGAACUUCGCACCGCAUUCCAGUCGGGCGAUGUGGAUGUGAUUCAGGCGAAGCUGAACGAAGGGGCAGAUAUUACGGGCAAAUAUUACCACCACGGUUCACGACUCUCCGACUUGGCAGAAUUGGUCGUACGGUCCAGCCAAGCGCCCCAUCCAACGGUGGUAGCGCUGUUGAACCGAUAUUUUAAAACCGACUUCCAGCGGAGUUAUAAUAGCCAACAAAUGGCAAGUGCGUUGGUACGCCGUGACUUUGAGGCAGCGUACAGUAAGCUUUGUGCAGAGCACGAGUUGCGGGAAGAAUUUUUGGCCUGGCCGUACCUGCCGCUGGAGUACGCGGAGGCUUUAAUGCGAAAGAACGGAUGGCUCUGCGUGCUGAAGGUGCUGUUCGACUACGGCAACGAACCGAUCGCGCUGGAAGUGCUAAAGCGCCUCGACCGGUUGUUUACAACACCGACAGACCGGACCGUCAGCGUGCUGAACGACCUUCUGCAACAUGCAAUGUUGCGCGACAUGAUCGAGUGCCGAGAUGUGUUGCUCUCGAAGCUUUCGUGCUGCCGUUUGCUACCGAGGACGGUUGAGCUUGCGAUCGUCGUACAGUGGUCGGAGUUGUUGAACCACCCCGCUGCUAAAGCCGUGCUUGAGGAUGAUAACCACUUGGACGAUUUGCUGAAUGCGGCCGUAGCGGUGGGCAACGAUCAGGUGGUGACCUUCUUUCUUGAUCGUGGACAGUGUAAGGAGUGUUACAGUGCAGCUGUUUACUUUGGUAACGUUACGAUGUUGGAAACAUUGCUCGAGCAUUAUCCCGUUCAGGAUGAUGAUGCGUUCCUAUCCCAGCUGCUUCACAUCGCAGCCGUAAAGCAACGAUGGGACUGUGUGCGAUUGUUGUUGGAGCAGGAUGCGGGCAGGGCCGAUGUUGUGUACCACGAUUCGCAUGAGCAGGAGUCCAAUGUGCUGCUCCUACUCGUCCAGCACGGUAGGGUUGAUCUAAUCCGGUGUAUUAAACGGCUGGAUCCGGCCGAGUUCUACAGUAAAGCGGUUAAUAAUCCAUUUGCUGUAGCGUCCGAUUACGACACACUGUCGGGUGAAAUGAUCGAUGCGAUUCGAUCGUUGGGUUUCGGCUAUCUUGAUGAUCCCACCGUGUUGCAUGCAGCUGUGGGUACUGGAACAAGGCAUCCACUUUGGGAGAACGUGUGGCGUGAGCUUGCAAAUGCGCCUCCGAACCGCCCACCUGUGGCCACCGCUCACUGUGAGCUGCUGAUGACGGUGCUGUCCCGCUGGAAAGUGAUCGCAUUGCUGGAGAAACUUUAUGCGAGCGAGACCACCCUAAGCUGUGCGGUGGAGGCGGACAAACCGGCUGAGAUGGUGGGCAGAGUGUUGCAGGCAGCUCGCGAUGUGCGAACGCUGGACGGCGAUGGUUCGGUACUGUGUGACAUAGCUAUCGGAAAUGGCGGAAAGAUUGUUCGGUAUGGCAGCGGCGAGUGUGAGGACACGAUAACGGACGGUUGUAAUGCUAUCAUGAGCAAGGUAGCAGAACUGCAUGAUGCUUCGGACGCGCAUUGGCGGUGGCAGGACUUACCGCUGUACUGCGGUACGUCUGUUGUCAGGUGCGCUGUCCUUGGUGCCACGCAAGGGAACCCUGCGAGCCAGCAAACAACACAGCUACAGAUAAGCGAUUUAACUGACAUCUUGCGCAGCUUACGGACUAUCACGGAUGAAGCAUUUGGCAUUAGCCGCGCAGUGUAUGCAACGCUACCGUCAGAUUCCCACACCUUGCAUAUCUUUCGAAUCGACGAAUGGUGUUGUGCUUACGAUCUCCAUCCUCCAGAGAGUAAGAUCGAUCUAACGAGCAUGGUGAAUGCCAGGCUACCGCAGGGAAGGACCAUCCUGUACAAAGCCAUCAAAUACAGCUGCAAUCUGAACACGAUUAGGCUGCUGGUGGAAAAUGGUGCAAACCCUUUGCUGACGGAUGCCUUCAACGCUUCAGCCAUAUCGGAAGCAAUAGCUUGCUCUGAUGAUCCAGCGAUUACUUGCUAUCUGAUGAAACAGUGUCGAGACAAAAGUUUGCGCAACGAAGGCGGAUGUUUGCUGGGCGAGGUAACUGUUGAACCGGGCAGGGCUACUUUGCUAGACCUGGCCAUGGCUUGUGACCAUCGGGAAGCGGUUGAUAUACUGAAGCGCCUUUAAAACGCAAACGGUAGUUGAACAAAACGCUUUGUUAAGUAGCUUAACAGAGAGGAUAGAGAGGAAGGCAACGGAUUCCGUGACUUGGAGGUAGAAUACGCAGAUGUGAUACACAGAUGCGACAUGAACAUGAUUGGUUUGGGGCUCUUCUAAGCAGCAGAGCCUUCCCAAAAAAUCGAGCCGUAGGUACUAAACCUCGGAUGGAAGAUUAGCGAUGAUGACACCACCAGAGUGUCCUUGCCAACUCUUUGAAGCCGUCCAAAACUUCAUCCAUCUGGGAUCAAAAGCCAGCACCGAGAGCACUUAAGAGCGGACGACCCAGGCCAGGCCAGAUGACCAGAUGACGGCCGUUGAAGCGUAUUAGACAGUAGUAAGAAGACUUAAGGCGUUCAGGUGGCAGAGGCGAAAACGGUUCCGGUAUUCAUACGGCUGGACCGAGGUGCAAAACCCAUCCAGACCGCUUCACGGUUUAUAAGACUUAAUGAUACCACGUACUUAGAUAGUUAGUCCUCACACUACAGGGGCACGGUUCAGAUGGGAUUUGAACCCCGGUAGCCCUGCCGCAUGAAGACCGACGUCAUUGCCGCUUCCGGUUAUUUGUAGAUAUUAUAAGCAACCAUAACCAUCGGUAGUGAAUAAUUAGGAGCUUCUUCUUCUUCCUUGGCACUACAACCUCGAGAGGUCUCGACCUGCCAUUUCUGGCUUUCUGUGACUUAAUUUUACCCGUAGAAAAGUAGUCAGCCCUACGUAUUGGGAAGCGGUCUGGAUGGCAGUUGAACCCCGGCCCUGCCGUGUGAAGACCGGCGCCGUUGACGAAUCGGCAACCGAACCGCCCCAAUUAGGAGCUAAGUGAUAUUGAAAUGAACGUAAAUUCCAACAGUGGCCUUUAAUACACGGUAGUCUACUAUUAUACAUACGACACAUAGGAUAAGGAGCGCAGGCUUUUAAAUCUUGAUAAUAAAAAAAUGUUGAAAACUCUAA